AGAAGGUCAGCAGUUAUAACACCAAGGUCUCGACUUGCCAUCGAUGCCACUGAUGACUAUUUUGAUGAUGCUAUGUUGGAGGCUAGUUCUUUGACAAGAAAGGUACAAGUUCAGGAUGAUGAUAAUGUUGAUGAUUCCUCGGUGUAUGUGAGAGAUGACCAUAAUGAGGGUACAUGGGUUGAAGGACAAACAAAAAAAAAGGGAGUCAAGCGGAAGCGUUCUAGUAAACAUGUUGAUGGCCAGAAAGAAAAAGCAAGUACGUCCAUCCGAUGAUGAUGCGUCAUUGGAUCCUGAAAAUUCUAAGAAAACGAGGCGUGAGGAUGAGAGGGGUCGUACUGUACUUAAUCUGGUGGGAAAAACAAUAAUGGCUGGCAGCAAACUCCGUUUGGAAUGGCAUCCAGUAAAAAGACUUCCUAUUGGAGUUCACCGAUCUCAUUUUUCUACCUACGUUGGUGUUGUUGUGCGUGAAAGAGUUAACAUCACCUAUAAGGAGUGGUCUGAAGUUCCAAAAGGACUCCUAGAUGAAUUGUACAAUUCUAUCACGAGGGGUUUUUUUGUCAUUGAGAAUCUCAAAGGUUGGGUACUUUCAAAAGUUGCAAAGCGAUGGAAAGCUUUUAAGACUAGAUUAAGACUUCAAUGGAUGUAUUUAGAAGAUGGAACGAUAAGACAACAACCACCAUGGAAAUAUUCUCGGAUACUUAAACCUGAUUGGGAUAAGUUCGUGGACUACUGCACUUCUGAGGAGUUCAAGGCUUUGAGUGAAAUGAAUCGUGAGAAGGCAAAGAAGAAGACCUCAAAGUAUCGAGGAGGUCGACUUGGCUAUCAACAUUUUGAAGAACAGAUAGAAAAGGAUCUUGAAAAGCAGGGAGUCCAUGUGUCGCACGUGCCUCGACAUCUGACUUGGAUUAAAGCUCAUUCCCGUGAAAAAGAUGGAGUUGUAACUUUCGAUAAUCCAAUCGAUAAGGAAAUUUAUGACACAAUAAUGACAUUGGAAGCUCAAGUUCAAAGAGGUGAAAUCGUUGCUAAUGGUCGAGAUGAUAUAUUAGCAAGAGGAUUGAAUAAGCCUGAACAUGGUGGUUCAGUGAGGGCCGUUGGAUCAGGCAUCACAAACAAAGAGUACUUUGGGUUUAACAAACCAACUGCACCCAGCCAAAUGCACGCUGAAAUGAACAGAAUGAGAUCAGAGAUGGGGACUAUGAAAAAUAAUAAAAAAAAAUUAUGUCUUUCAUGAUGUCAUUCUUAACCCCGGAGCGACUGAAGUCGUUUCCAUUUGGUAGUUUUGG